AUGGACACCAAAAAACAACCAGAUGAUAUUGCAUAUACAAUGGAUCUCUGGAACAUGGAGCUGGAGAGUUCAUUUGUGCAAGAACCUCAUUGUUCGAACGGAUCCGUGAUUCAGUCACUGGAUGAACCAGUUGAGCCGGAUGUCGUACAACCUCCCGCCGGAAAUAUUAAAAAGUUCAAAGAAUCUCGCAAACGGAAAAAAUCGUACUCCGAGGAUUUCCUAAAGAGCAUUUUGAGCAAAGUUCGAGAUGGCACCAUGACGAAGUACCAUGCUCAAAAGUUUUACGGUAUUCCACGAGGAACGCUGCAGUAUCGACUUAGCGAACACUUUCAACAUGAAGGGCGCACAGGACCUGACAGCUUAUUAUCCACAAGCGAGGAAACGAUCAUUGUUUCGUGGCUCCAGGUCAUGGAGAAGAGAGGAUUUCCAAUAACGCGCAAGGGAUUGGCUUCGAAAGUCGCCGCGUACCUGCGCAAGCACCCGAGAGAUAACCUUUCUCGUAACUACGUCCCAGGUGCUGGCAACAAAAGGUGUAAAAAUGUUCCGUUUGUUGAAAAUCAAAAUGGAAAACAGAACGUUACUGUUUUAUUCACAUUUUCGGCCGAUGGUACCAUCAUUCCACCGGAUGUAAUACUGCCAUAUAAGCGUUUAAGUAGAGACAUCGUUCAGUCAUUCCCGUCGGAGUGGGGGCUCGGUACCUCCGACUCAGGUUGGAUGAAUUCAUCCAAUUUUACGCUUUAUAUAAAAAAAAUUUUAUAUCCUGCCUUGGUUAAAACCAAUGUGAAAUUCCCUGUAUGUUAUUUUGUUGACGGACACAAAUCGCACACAGCCGUCGAAGCAGCGGAUGCAUGUUCGGAGUUAGGCAUAAUAUUGAUUGCAUUAUACCCUAACGCAACACGAAUACUGCAGCCUGCCGAUGUCUCCAUAUUUAGACCACUUAAAAACAGCUGGGGAAAGGUCGUCGAAAUAUGGAGAACGGAUAACAUGGCAGAAAGGCUUUCAAUUCCGACGUUUGGUGCGCUCUUUCAAGAGACAAUGAAAUCUGCCUUCAAGAUAUCCACAAUCAUCAACGCAUUUCGUGUUUGUGGUCUAUUUCCGUUCAACCCAGAUGCCGUGGAUUACAGCAAAUGUAUUUCGACCAGCAUCUCCCACCUGAGACCAGUUCCCCAUUCAUCAUCGGCAUGCGCGUUGCCUGUGGAUACAGAGCCUAUGACUCUUGUGCCAACGGCGGCGAUUGAAAACGCCUUGAGAUUAAUCGGCAGUGAGAAAGCAGAAAUGUUCAAAUCUGGAGACCAGAAUCUACUCUCCAGCGAAGGCCAAAUAUUGAACUUCAUUUAUCAUAACAUACUCACUCUUGGACAGCCUGAUAGGAACGAUUCAGAGCAACCAUUCAAUGCUUUGAAUGACAUAGACAUGGACUACGAAGCAGCUAUUAAUGAACCAAUUAUCAUUCUUGAAGAUGACAUCGAAGGUGAAUUAAACUUUAAUUCAUUUUCUUAUUUGGAAAAUCGUGAGCCUGUUAUGGACAAUCCAGCGGACGCAGCGAUUAUUGAAUCUGAUGUUGACGAGAACGAUGAUCUACAACCAACUUAUUACUCCUUCCCACCAGAAAGCUUGUCGGCAACCGAGACGCCACAUAAUGAGUUGGAUUUACGUAGCAGUGCAGCUUUCGAUGAUAUUUCAAACUUCCCUGAAUCACAUCAUGUCAAUGCCCAGAACUUCUUCGAAGCUCCACCAACCCCGAAGCGCAAUCCAAAGCAUCGAUUCUAUAAGCAAAAAUCUCACGCUAUUCUGACAGCUGGGGAACGAUUGGAAGAAAUUCAAUUAAUCGAGAGCAAAAGGCUGAAGCAACAAAAUUGA